AUGUCGAACGACGCCGCCAGGCUCAUUGUGCCGUCGCGUCGCAAAGAGCGCUAUUUAUCGGCCACUUGCCCCUACACAGACUGCAAAGCAUCUGUAGAGUACAAGCCGCCAACAGUGGAACAAGUGCAAGCUGUGCCUUCCAAUGUCACGACUUUUUCCGUCACCUGUAUCGCGUGCCAACGCAACUUUGACCCACCAGGCGCCUCGAAGACGCUACGUGAAGUGCGUGCGCAAAUAAAUGGAGGAGACGGGAAGAAAGAAAAUCAUUCUCGCCGUCGUAUCGGUACAGAUGAGAAGCCAUUGGAUAUGACAUUCUAUGAUACACUGGGUGUGCCAGCGAAUGCCUCGACGGAAGAAAUUAAAAAGGCGUACAGGAAGCUGGCCAUUAAACUGCACCCAGAUAAGAACCCAGAUGACCCAGAGGGAGAAGAGAAAUUCAAGACUUUAGCGGCUGCCUACCAAGUCCUUUCGGACCCUGAAUUGCGACACAAAUACAACGAAUUUGGCCCAUCGACGCCCGGCCUCAUUAACGAAGAUGGGAUUAUGGAUCCAGAAGAAGUGUUUGGCGGCCUCUUUGGUGGCGAACGUUUCCAGGAUAUUAUCGGUACGAUUAGUAUCGGCCGCGAAAUGAAAGAAGCGCUUCAGAAAGAUUCUGACGAGCUUGCUGCCGAGGCAGAUGGACAAGCGCCUUCCAAGAAAGACGAUGAGAGUAUGACACCGGAACAAAAAGCGAAGAAGGAAAAGGAGGAGGCUGAGAAGGAGAAAGAAAAAGAAGAAGAGCGUGAGAAGCGCGUCACGAUGCUCGCAGAGAAGCUGGAGCGCAAGCUGAGCAUUUAUGCGGAAAGCAUCAAGUCGGCCGACGAUGAAUCGCUCUCCAACGAAGUUCGGCAGGGCUACCGUGAAAUGAUCCGUCUGGAGACCGAGGAGCUCAAGCAGGAAAAGUACGUGAGUGGUUUAUCUGACACAAGCUUUGGAGUAGAGAUCCUGCAUGCCGUGGGCUUUGUAUAUGCAGCCAAGUCACGCUCGUACCUCUCGUCGACAGGUAUGUUCGGUACCAUUACUGGAUUCUACCAUGCCGCCUCAAGCUCCAUUCAUACUGUGCGGGAGACAGUGUCUACACUUCGGGCUGCUAUGGAGCUCAAGAGUGUAUUUGAAGAACUUGCCAAGGCAGAAGAGGAUGGCAUCACUGAGGAGAGGAAAAAGCAGCUGGAAGACCAAGCGGCAGAAAAGGGUAUGCGGGCUCUUUUUAAGGGCGCCAAGCUCGAGAUUGAGGGUGUGAUUCGUGAAGUAAGCGAUCGUGUGCUGUACGAUACGAGUGCCUCGAAACAGACGCAACGAUGGCGCGCGGAAGCGCUGGGCAUCAUUGGCGAUGUGUAUAUGCAAGUGAAACCGAACGAAGGGGAAACUACCCAGACGUAA